AUGCAGAUUCCCGUCGCGGCACUGCUGGGCAUCGUGCCGGCCUACCUGGCAGCAACAGCAGCAGCACAGGGCUCGCAGGGCAGCGGUGCGACGACGAGGUACUGGGACUGCUGCAAGCCGUCGUGCGGGUGGCCCAAGAAGGGGAACCUGGUCAGGGGCCCGGUGCAGACGUGCGACCGGGGCGACAGCCCGCUCAGCGACGGCGGGAACACCCGUUCCGGCUGCGACAGCGGCGGCAACGCCUUCAUGUGCUCUAGCCAGGAGCCGUUUGCCACCAACGCGACGCACUCGUUUGGCUUUGCGGCCGUCCGGAUCGCGGGCAAGCAGGAGACGGACUGGUGCUGCGCGUGCUACGAGCUGACGUUUACGAGCGGGCCGGUGUCUGGGAAGAAGAUGAUAGGUGCCAACACGGGCGGUGAUCUCGGUCAGAACCACUUUGACCUUGCGAUCCCUGGAGGUGGAGUCGGGAUAUUCAACGCAUGCACGAACCAAUACGGAGCGCCCUCCAACGGCUGGGGCGAGCGGUACGGCGGGGUGCGGUCGCGGGCCGACUGCAACAGCUUCCCGGCCAAGCUCAAGGCGGGCUGCCUCUGGCGGUUCGACUGGUUCGGCGGGGCCGACAACCCGGGCGUCAGCUUCAGGCAGGUCGCGUGCCCGGCGGCGCUCACGGCCAAGAGCGGCUGCGUCCGCCAGCGCGACGUCAUGGACCAGACGCCGACGGGGCCCGAGUCCCUACCGACCUGGACGCCGGGAAGCGGCUAG